GGCGGCGGGGCGGCGCCGGCAGUGGCGGCGCGGGGUCUGGGCCUGGGGCUGGAGCUGGAUGCGGCGCCGGAGCCGGAGCCGGGCAGCAGCACGCAGACGUCGCACCGGCUGCUGGCCUACAGCGACGCGCUGCUCUCCAUCAUCGCCACCGUCAUGAUUUUGCCUGUGGCUCACACGAAAAUACAUCCUGAUCAGAAACUAGAUGAAAGUAUUGAACAGCUCCUUCUAGCAAAAGUUGCAGUCUACUUGAUGACCUUCUUAAUAGUCACGGUGGCAUGGGCAGCUCAUGUAAGGCUAUUUCAGGUGAUAGAGCUCAUAGACGAUGUCCUUGCUCUUCUAAAUCUGGCUUGCAUGAUGAUCAUAACUUUCUUGCCAUAUACAUUUUCUUUAAUGGCCUCCUUUCCAGAUGUACCUUUUGGCAUUUUCCUGUUUAGUGUCUGUGCUGUUGUCAUUGGCCUUAUUCAGGCAGUUAUAGUAGUUUACGGAUUCUAUCACCCACACUUACUAAAUCAACAGAUACAAGUAUCUGAAAACCAGAACUUCUAUAAACGUCAUAUCUUAAAGAUUAUUUUAAGAGGACCAGUUUUGUGCUUCUUAGCAGCCAUUUUUUCUUUUUUCUUUAUUCCUUUGUCUUAUGUGCUGCUUGGCCUCGUUAUCGUUUUUCCACACCUCACUCGAUUCAUUACCUGGUGUAAAACCAAGAUUGUUGGCCAGAGAGAUGAAGAGGAACACAGAAGCUUAGAGACUUUCACAUUUUACCUCAGUGAGCCUCUGAGUAAGGAACGAGUAGAGGCAUUCAGUGAUGGAGUGUAUGCUAUCGUAGCAACCCUGCUUAUUUUGGAUAUAUGUGAAGACAAUGUUCCUGAUCCCAGAGAAGUUAAGGAAAAGUUCCAUGGCAGCCUCCUUGAAGCUUUAAGUGAAUAUGGACCUAACUACCUUGCCUACUUUGGCUCUUUUGUAACAAUUGGUCUUCUCUGGUUUGUCCACCACUCACUUUUCCUUUAUGUAACAAAGGCUACACGAUUAAUGGGACUGCUUAACAUACUGUCGUUGGCUUUCAUUGGAGGGCUUCCGUUGGCUUAUCAGCUAACCAGUGAAUUUGCAGAGAAGUCUCACAAUGAAAUAGAAGCCAUUCAGGUCAGCUGUGUUACCACUUUCUUUGCCAGCAUAUUUCAGUUUGCAAUAUGGACUACAGCCCUCCUCCAUGAAAGGGAAACUUUGCAUCCUUUUGCUAGAUAUGGUGGCAAGGAGCAUGCCUUCAUGUUUGCCAAGCUUGCCCUCUACCCAUGUGUGAGCCUUGGGGCCUUUUUUUUAACAUGCUGGUUAAGUGAAUUUAGCACAGCAAUUUUCCAUCUUAUGCAGAUUGUAAUCCCAUUUGCUUUUCUUGCCUUGCGCAUUUUUGUUAGAAUUUCCUUAACUGUCAUAAAGUCAGUGAUGUCUCUCUCCAGACAGAAGGUUGUGUUGCUAGAAGAGGAGGAGGCGUGUUUGUCUCCUAGUGAAACACUGUCUUAAAUUUCCAUGCAGCACACGUGAAAAUUUAACAUUACUUUAGUUCUAACUCGCAUGGAAUUAAUGUAUGGAUUAUAUUGAUUUAACACAAACUAAAGCUUGUGUUUAUCAUAAUUGGGGUGUAUAUAUAUACAUAUAUAUAUAUAUAUAUAUAUAUAUAGGUGAUGCUUAAGACCAUUUCUCCAAAAUACCUAAUUGGAAAAAGUUGGGUUAGUAGGAGAUAAAAAGAAAAGCAUGUUCUCCCUGUUUAAAAUCACCUCUUUGGUAAAAAUGCUGCUUGAAGUGUAACUGCACUGAUGAUCACUUCAGAAACGCACAAACAGAUGCUCAGCAAGAUGCCCUUUUUCUGGCAUGUGGAAGUUAUUGUGGCAGACAAACACAGGUAUAGCUAGCAGGUGAUUGUGCCGCUAUAUGAAGAGCGAAUGAUGCCUGACGACACGAGGGCUAUCUCUUGAGUUUCUGGAUGGUAAAUUGGUAGAACAUUUAUGCAUACAGAUUGUUGGGUUUUUGUUGAGGUUUUUCCUAUGGUUACACUGUCUCUUCUGCAAAGCAGCAGAGUUCUGAUGGUGUUUCAAAAGCUCCUUGCUUUUGAAUGACUCUAAGCAUGAGUUUAGGUAGGAGUUGCAAUUGUGACUGACAUGCAGUCUUCUCUACUCCCUUAACAGAUCCUUCUUCAGUUGUACUUGACUUUCUUUUUUUUUAAAGGAUGUAUUUAACAAAUGAGGAUUCCUGUGGCUACCUAUCCAAGGUUUGAACCAGAUCUGUAAUCUCCCAGGGAAGAAGCUUGGAAGAACUGUGGGACCACCAGUAAAUUUGUUUUGUGCUGUGAAACAAGCUGUCCCUUUGAAAAGGAAGAUUGGGAUUUCUCAGGGUUUUUACGUCUAUUCUUGUGCCUGUUGAAAGGAACCUCCUUGGAAAAGGUCAGCUUGAAGACUUGACUCAGGAGUUGUAAAGGUUAUGAGACUUUCUGCCACCUCUGAAAAUUCCCACUCAGGCCAAGGAGCUGAGUCUGUCCCUAUGCAGAGGUUAGCUGAGGAGUUAAUACAAUGAAUUCCUACAGAUUUUUGAGUUUCAUUAAAGGGUCUUAACCCAGUAGGAGUCUUAGUCCCUGGGAUAUUGGAGUUUUUAGGCAUGUAUGCAGCUGCUCCAACUUUUCCCUGCAUAGAGCUGCAUAGAAGGAGUAUGCAAAGUCAUCUGGGAUCUGGUUCCCUGGAAGGUUAUACAUUUCUUUUGGGCAGAGCCAUUAAUUUGUAUCUUGAACUUUCUUAGUGCCUGAUAAUUUUUCUGCCAUGUUCAGAAGUAUUUGCAGGAAUUUGUCCUAAAAAAAAUUGUAGCAAAGAACAGCUGUAGUAACUGUUAGUGAAGACACAAUCAAGGUUAUUUUCAGCCUGGAUCAGUCUGAAAGCACUUUUACUUUUGGUUUGAAACACCUUGGUAAGUUUAGUGUUAGGUACUUCAUGUAAAUCUUCAGAUAUUCUAGGGGUUUUAUACCUGGUUGAUGCUGAAGCGCUUGCAGUGGGGUUGUGCACUAUGUUCUGUCAUUCUGUCUGGAUUCUUGCGAUAAAUUUAAUAAAAGCACUUUGGGUUCUGUA